UCACGAGUCAGGAACAAACUCGGAGGCGCAGUUAUGCACAAACAGUAACUCAUCGGACUCUCCCAAACGACACUCUGCAACCGCACAAACGCUGGGCGUGGGAUGCCACAGUACCGGACAGGUGCGCAAGAAGAACCAAAUGGUGCAAGCGAUAGGCCGAGUACGCGGACGGAAGGUCCUUGAUGAGAACAGGUUUGGAUAA